CAACCACUCCAACUCAACCAAACCAUCACCCGCACCGUCAAUUGAAGCACGUAUUAUCCCGAACUCGCCUCACAGACCACUCAGAAACCUCAAAAUGUUCAAACGCGUCCUCGCCACAGCGCCGGCAACAGCCACAUCUGCUCUCCGCACAGCAGCCAACUCGACCGCCCGAAAUGCCUUCAUCGCACGUACAUCGGCACCCAUCGUGCAACAAAACGCCCGUCGGUCGUACCACGAGAAGGUACUCGACCAUUACAACAACCCUCGCAAUGUGGGCAGCAUGCAGAAGAAUGACGCCGACGUUGGGACUGGAUUGGUGGGCGCCCCAGCAUGCGGAGACGUCAUGAAGCUGCAGAUCAAGGUCGGCAAGGACAAGGACGGACAAGACAUGAUUAAGGAUGUCGUUUUCAAGACGUUUGGAUGUGGCUCCGCAAUUGCGAGCUCGAGUUAUCUGACCGAGCUGGUCAGGGGCAUGACUCUCGAGCAAGCUGGCAGGAUUAGGAAUACGGAGAUCGCAAAGGAGUUGUGUUUGCCUCCUGUCAAGUUGCACUGCUCCAUGCUUGCCGAGGAUGCUAUCAAGUCUGCCAUCAACAACUAUUAUACCAAAAACCCGAAGCAGAAGGCUACGGAUCUUGGCGGUACUGGUGCCCAUAUGCCUAAGAUUGAAGUUGAGACUGUUUCUGCCUCCGCAUAGGCAUGUGGAACGGCAAGUUGCAGUUGCGACCGGAGCAACCCAGCCUCUAAAGAUUCCUAGGCUGUCGAAGACGGCAAUUCUUUUGUGAUGAUAUUUUAGCGGGAUGCACAUAGCGGCGUUUGCGGAUUUCGUCGAGGGAGGAGGUGAAAACUGGUCUGUGUAUGAUAUCAGACUGCAAAAUGAUACCCUCCGGGCCUAGACAGACAUGAAGAAAGGAUAACGGUCAUUUGGCACAUGUUAACAAAAUUUCUUUCUUGUGCUGUGCAGUCACUACAAUCCGAUGCUCCCUCAAUGGGCGGAGUUUCUCUGGCUCAGGUAUUGCUUGACUAUGUGGUAUCGUAGGAGGUACCGGACAGACUUUGUGGCCCUGCUGCGGUAGCGUUCUUGUUCGCAACACCCUAUUACUGGCGGAAAGUCAUCGAAAACGGGUGGCUCUUGUUUGGCGCUGCUGUGCUCGGCCCCGAGUGU